UUCCUCUACCUGAACGAUGCAGAGACCUUGAUUGUUAAAAUCAUGCCUGGCCCGACCUACGAAACAGCAACCCGCGAGCUUGUACACAUCGUUCGGAUGAAGGUUGAGGUGAUGGGGCUGCGUCGGGGUCUUUGCGAUGUGGGAAGUGCAACCUAUUCAGGAGCAGCAUCUCAAAAAGAAGCGGAUUCAGCAAUAAGACCUACCGCCUUGCGUCCUCUCGAAACAGACUGGCCAACCGUGGUCUUUGAAUGCGGGGUUUCGGAGUCGCUUCAACGUUUGAGAACUGAUUCAAACUGGUGGCUAGCAAACUCCGCCCAUGAUAUCAAGAUCGUCCUUCUCAUCGCGGUCAACAAACUCCAGCGGAAAAUACAUCUAGAGCAGUGGGAAGACCUCACCGUACCGAAUCCCCAUAUUACACGAAACAACCCUAAUCCCCUCCUCAUCAGGCCGACCAAAGUCAACGAAAUCAACCUUGACGGAGGUACCAUCACUGGAACUCCUUUGAUGCUCCCUUUCGCCAAAAUCUUUCUUCGUCCAGCUGGGCCAGGGGAGGGGGACAUUGUGCUAAGUGCACAAGAUCUC